AUGAAAUUCCUGCCCCCGACCGUGGUCGCACGAGCGGCUCAUGUUGCCAUCAGGAGCCAGCAUCGCCAAUUCUCGGUCUCUGUCCCAUAUUGGAGGUCUGCCCCAAAGAAGAAGAAGAAAUCCUCCUUGGCGAACAGGCCGCCUCCGGGGAAGCCUUUUGCCAAAUCGUUGAAUGCGCCAAAGUCUCUAGCAAGGGUCGCAGCUCGCUCCCGCGCAGAUUCGAUAAGCCUAGGCCACGACCCAGAGGCCAGGCUGAGGCUCGACGUGAGCAAAAAGCACAUAGGUCGCCAUGGCGUCUUUCGAUCAACUGUUUUGCAUCGGCUGCAAGUCGUGCUCAAUAUGCUGGCAGUGCACCAACAUGCGGGAACCAGCUUCAAGAGGGAUGAGCUGAGUCGACAAGGGGCACUGUUCAUGGACGCAAUCGAUGACGCGUUUUCGCUAGCCGAGAAGAAUGUCACUCGCCGCGACAGGAACCCCCUUUUCUGGAAUUUUCGAGACGCCUUCCUCAACCGGGAUAUCAAGGGUCUCACAAAGGAGAUUCAAUACUCUUUCCAGUCUUUCAUCUUUAGAGAGAAAUUCUCCAAAGAGAUUGAAGAGAGUCAAAACCGUCUUUUGGACUUUCGGUUUCCGCACGAAUGGUUUCCAGCUACCCGGACGAUGCAGAGAACGAUUCAUGUUCACGUGGGACCGACCAAUUCCGGAAAGACAUACAAUGCUCUUAAAGCUCUCGAAAACUCCAAGAGCGGCGUCUACGCCGGCCCCCUUCGACUGUUGGCGACAGAAGUGUACAGUAGGCUCAAGGCCAAGGGCUUGCCCUGCGCCUUGAUCACUGGCGAGGAGGUACGGAUACCGGAGGAUACCGACCGCUACUUCUCAAGCUGCACUGUGGAAAUGGUGCCCCUGAACAAGCAGUUUGAUGUGGCUGUCAUUGAUGAAAUUCAGAUGAUUGCGGAUGCCGAGCGUGGCAAUGCCUGGACGUCGGCGCUUCUCGGAGUCCAGGCCAAAGAAGUGCAUGUGUGUGGAGAGGAUCGAACCGUUCCCAUCCUGCAGGCGAUUUGCGCGAGCAUUGGCGACAAGUGCGUCGUUCAUCGAUAUGAGCGACUUAGCCCUUUGAAGACUAUGGACAAGGCCAUUCAAGGAGAUUACAGCAGGUUGAAAAAGGGCGAUGCCAUUGUGGGAUUUAGCCGUCUCUCGCUUCACGUGAUGAAGCGGAACAUCGAAUCGUAUACUGGACGACGAUGCGCCAUCAUCUAUGGCUCCUUGCCACCCGAGGUUCGAGUUCAACAGGCGGCCUUGUUCAACAACCCCGACAAUGACUACGACUUUAUCGUUGCCAGCGACGCCAUCGGCAUGGGCCUCAAUCUGGAGAUAAGGCGGGUGAUUUUGGAAUCAGUGACCAAGUUCGACGGCAACCAGCACAGAUCAUUAAGCUUUCCCGAAAUAAAGCAGAUUGGAGGUCGGGCGGGAAGAUACAGAACGGCGCAAAAUACUGGCGUCGGCAGCAACGAGGAGGAGCCGGAGAAGGUUGGGUUGGUCACAACAAUGGACCGCACGGAUCUGAAAAGCAUACGCCGAGCGUUCGAGGUCAAGGUGGACGAUAUCCAACACGCCAGCAUUCAACCUCCCGCCGCCAUCGUCGAGCGCUUCGCGUCAUACUACCCGCCAGAGACGCCCCUGUCGUUCAUCCUGAUGCGAAUCAAAGCAGCUGCAAGAGUCGGGCCCCGGUACCGGCUCAGCAUCGGCAGCGACGCCCUGGAGAUUGCCGACAUCAUCCAGGAUAUCCCGCUCACCAUCUACGACCGGCUCACGUUCUGCUACCUGCCCGUGGCGCUCAGGGCAGAGGGGGCCGUGCACGUCCUCCGCGCGCUGGCCCGCGUCGUGGCGGACAACUCGACGGGCGAUCUGCUCGACAUCCAGGAAAUCCCACUCGAAAUCCUGGACGAGAAGUUGGAAAACUACAAGGGAACCGCGCAGGAGUACCUCGGCAGACUGGAAGCCCUGCACGUCGCCAUCAACCAGUACGUGUGGCUGUCGUACCGAUACUCGGGCAUGUUCAGAAACCAGGCGCUAGCGUUCCACGUGCGGCAGCUCGUUGAAGAGAAGCUGAUUUCGACGCUGGACCGCCUCGACUUUACCGACAAGCAGCUCGAGCAUGUUCGACAGAACAAGAGGUUCCAGGCGCGCUCGCGCGACCUGAGGACGAAAGCGGUGGGCGAGGAGGUCACUGUCGAUGCGGGGAGUGAGUGGCCCGAGCCGCACGGGCGGCCGGCCGACGAGCACAAAGAGGGGGCGGCCUUGUCACUGUGA